AUGAAGCUACGGGCUUCAACUUUGUCAGCAUGGUUGACAGAUAUUCCCAUCGCUGACCUGCCGACUAUCGUGGUAGAAGCGAUCACCGUAUUGGCGAGCCUGGAAUUGCACAACCUUUGGGUAGACGCGUUGUGCAUCGUGCAGGAUGACCCAGAGGAUGUUUCCACACAAAUCGGCAUGAUGCCGCAAAUAUACCAGAAUGCUACUGUCACAAUCACAGCUUCCACCGCCAGCACCUGCUAUGAGAGCUUUCUCCGACCCAAGUCACCACCGCCAUUAUACCGAGCGGGACUAGCCCUGGCUGUCGAUUUACCAGACGUUAAAAGUGGAACAAUGUUUCUUCGCGACUGUGACGACGACGUACCGUUCCGGGAACCUGUGAGUCAGCGAGCAUGGACCUUGCAGGAGAGCAUCCUCUCGCCCCGCCUACUCGAGUACGGAUAUGAGCGGAUAUCUCAAGGUGGCAGCUCUCAGAGUCCAGGACAGUACAGCCCCCGUUUUAUUUUCUACAACUCGCUCGGCUCAGCCGGAGGAGCACAUCCACAUGGUCAACGAGCGGUGGCAUGGUGGAGAGUCAUCGGCGACUUCACGCGCCGGGAACUCACUUUCCCCAAAGAUAAGUUACCAGCCAUUUCGGCCAUCGCUUCUGAGCUUGCCGCGAACUCGGAACCUCGAGAUGAUUACCUAGCUGGGCUGUGGAGGAGAGACUUACCGUUGCACCUUCUAUGGCGAGCAGACUUCCCCAGGAAGCCUCGGCCAACAUCGUACCGCGCGCCGUCUUGGUCUUGGGCGGCUGUUGAGAGCCCGGUGUUUCACCCUCACGCCUCCGAUGGAGAAGAGGGAUGGGAAAGAAUGGCCAACUUGGCGGGAUGUCUGACAGUGGUUGAUUAUUUGGCUGAACCGGUAUCGCCAGCUGCCAUGUACGCCAGCGUUCGAGCAGCUCACCUCAUUCUGCGGGGAUUCGUGCUUGAUGCCAAGCUCUUUCGUACAGGGACAGAGUACGAGAUUCAGUCGCCGUAUAUUCUCCUUCAAGAACGUACCAAAACCUACUAUCCCGAUGCCAUCGAAGACGAGGAUUUCCUGGCGGGUUCAGCGGGGCGAGAUGUCAGUCUCCUGCUUUCAUUCCUUAUAGUACGGAGUCCAGUCCUCAAGGAAUAG